GUUGGCCGCCCAGGCUGGGGUGGGAAGAGAAGCAGAGGGAGGAGUUGCUGUCGCCGUCGCCACUGCCGCCAGCGCAGCCGCCACAGCCGCCACAGCCGCCGCGGCUACGGUGAUUUCUAAAGUGUGUGAGCUUGGAAGCUUCGUGGGUAAAUUUAUCAUUGCCACCCUCUGCGUCGCUCCGGAGGUUUAACCAUAUGACCAGAAAGACCAGGUCUCAUAUGGUUCCAGAUGAAUUUUGGUAGUGAUUUCUCAAGAUUUAUGAGGAAUGUAAAGAAGAAAUCAAAAUGGAUGCAAAUAUUAGUGUGAAUUCUGUUACCAUCUCUGUUGAGGGAAUGACAUGUAAUUCCUGUGUUUGGACCAUUGAACAGCAUAUUGGAAAACUGAAUGGUGUACACCAUAUUAAAGUUUCACUGGAAGAAAAAAUUGCAACCAUUAUUUAUGACUCUAAACUACAGACUCCAAAGACCCUACAGGAAGCUAUUGAUGACAUGGGCUUUGAUGCUAUUCUCCAUAAUCCUAAUCCUCUCCCCAUGUUAACUGAUACUGUGUUUCUGACUGUUACUACUUCACUGGCUUUGCCAUGGGACCAUAUCCAAAGCACACUACUGAAGACCAAGGGUGUGACAGAUAUUAAGAUUUGCCCUCAGCAAAGAACUAUAGUAGUGACAAUAAUUCCUUCUAUAGUGAGUGCUAAUCAGAUAAUAGAGCUGGUUCCAGACCUAAGUUUAGAUACUAGAACUCUAGAGAAAAACUCAGGAACUUGCGAAGAUCACAGUAUGGCUCAAGCAAGUGAAGUCAUGCUGAAGAUGAAAGUGGAAGGGAUGACCUGCCAUUCAUGCACUAGCACCAUUGAAGGAAAAAUUGGGAAACUGCAAGGUGUUCAGCGAAUUAAAGUCUCCUUGGACAACCAAGAAGCUACUAUUAUUUAUCAACCUCAUCUUAUCACAGUAGAAGAAAUAAAGAAGCAGAUUGAAGCUGUGGGCUUUUCAGCAUAUGUCAAAAAACAGCACAAACAACUCAAAUUGGGAACUAUUGAUGUAGGGCGUCUGAAGAACACACCCAUCAAAUCUCCCGAAGGAUUACAGCAGAGGAGUCCAUCAUACAGCAAUGAUUUAACAGCCAUUUUUAUUAUAGAUGGCAUGCAUUGCAAAUCAUGUGUAUCGAAUAUUGAAAGUGCUUUGUCUACACUCCAAUAUGUAAGCAGCGUAGUGAUUUCUUUAGAGAAUAGAUCUGCCAUUGUGAAAUACAGUGCAAGUUCAGCCACUCCAGAAAGUUUGAAAAAAACGAUAGAGGCUGUUUCUCCAGGGCAGUAUAUAGUUACUAUUACAAGUGUAGUUGAAAAUACCUCCAACUCUCUCUCCAGCUCAUCUCUUCAAAAGAUUCCUUUGAACAUAGUCGUCCAGCCUCUGACUCAAGAAACUGUAAUAAACAUAGAUGGCAUGACUUGUAAUUCUUGUGUGCAGUCAAUUGAGGGUGUCAUAUCAAAAAAGACUGGUGUAAAAUCAAUACAAGUCUCUCUUGAAAAUAGCAAUGGGACUAUUGAGUAUGAUCCUUUACUAACAUCUCCAGAAACCUUGAAAGAAGCAAUAGAAGACAUGGGAUUUGAUGCUGCGUUGUCAGACAUAAAUGAGCAAUUUGGAAUGAUAGCCCAGCCCUCAUUGGAAAUGCCACUUUUGCCCUCAACUAAUGAAUUAAAUAAAAAGAUGACACCAGCUAAUAACAAGGAUGAGCAAAGGACUUCAUCUAAAUGUUACAUAGAAGUCACUGGCAUGACUUGUGCUUCUUGUGUAGCAAACAUUGAACGGAAUUUGAGACGGGAAGAAGGUAUAUAUUCUGUACUUGUGGCAUUGAUGGCUGGCAAGGCAGAAGUAAGGUAUAAUCCUACCAUUAUACAACCUCCACUGAUUGCAGAGUUCAUCCGAGAACUUGGGUUUGGUGCUACUGUGAUAGAAACUGCUGAAGAAGAGGAUGGUGUUUUAGAACUUGUUGUGAGAGGAAUGACAUGUGCCUCCUGUGUACAUAAAAUUGAAUCUACUCUUACAAAACACAGAGGAAUCUUUUACUGUUCUGUGGCCCUGGCAACCAACAAAGCACAUAUUAAAUAUGAUCCAGAAAUCAUUGGUCCCAGAGAUAUUAUCCAUACAAUUGAAAGCUUAGGUUUUGAAGCUUCUUUGGUCAAGAAGGAUCGAUCAGCAAGUCACCUAGACCAUAAGCGAGAAAUAAGACAAUGGAGACGAUCUUUCCUUGUGAGCCUCUUUUUCUGUAUCCCUGUCAUGGGGCUGAUGAUAUAUAUGAUGGUUAUGGACUACCACCUCUCAACUCUUCAUCAUAAUCAGAACAUCAGUAAUGAAGACCUGAUCAGUAUUCAUUCUUCUAUGUUUCUGGAGCGCCAGAUCUUGCCAGGAUUGUCCAUUAUGAAUUUGCUGUCUUUUUUAUUGUGUGUACCUGUACAGUUUUUUGGAGGCUGGCACUUCUACAUUCAGGCUUACAGAGCAUUGAAGCAUAAGACGGCAAACAUGGAUGUACUGAUUGUUCUGGCAACCACAAUUGCAUUUGCCUACUCUUCAGUCAUUCUUCUAGUUGCAACAUAUGAGAGAGCCAAAGUGAAUCCUAUUACUUUCUUUGACACACCUCCUAUGCUAUUUGUAUUUAUUGCACUAGGUCGAUGGCUUGAACAUAUAGCAAAGGGCAAAACAUCAGAGGCUCUUGCAAAACUAAUUUCACUACAAGCUACAGAAGCAACCAUUGUGACUCUCAACUCUGAAAAUAUCCUCCUGAGUGAAGAACAAGUGGAUGUGGAACUUGUACAACGUGGAGAUAUCAUUAAAGUGGUUCCAGGAGGCAAAUUUCCAGUGGAUGGUCGUGUUAUUGAAGGUCAUUCUAUGGUAGAUGAGUCCCUCAUUACAGGAGAAGCAAUGCCUGUGGCUAAAAAACCUGGCAGCACAGUAAUCGCUGGUUCUAUUAACCAGAAUGGAUCCAUACUUAUCUGUGCAACCCAUGUUGGAGCAGAUACAACUCUUUCUCAAAUUGUCAAACUUGUGGAGGAGGCACAGACAUCAAAGGCUCCUAUCCAGCAGUUUGCAGACAAACUCAGUGGCUACUUUGUUCCUUUUAUCGUCCUUGUUUCUAUUGCUACCCUCUUGGUAUGGAUUAUAAUUGGAUUUCUGAAUUUUGAAAUUGUGGAAGCCUACUUUCCUGGUUACAAUAGAAGUAUUUCCCGAACAGAGACGAUAAUACGCUUUGCUUUUCAAGCCUCUAUCACAGUUCUAUGUAUUGCAUGUCCCUGUUCUCUGGGACUCGCCACUCCAACUGCUGUGAUGGUGGGUACGGGAGUAGGUGCUCAAAAUGGCAUACUUAUCAAAGGUGGAGAACCAUUGGAGAUGGCUCAUAAGGUAAAAGUGGUGGUAUUUGAUAAGACUGGAACCAUUACCCAUGGAACCCCAGUAGUGAGUCAAGUAAAGGUUCUAGUGGAAAGUAACAGGAUAUCACGCAAUAAAUUCCUGGCAAUUGUGGGAACUGCUGAAAGUAACAGUGAACAUCCUCUAGGAGCAGCUGUAACCAAAUACUGCAAGCAGGAGCUGGAUACUGAAACCUUGGGUACCUGCAUAGAUUUCCAGGUUGUGCCAGGAUGUGGUAUUAGCUGUAAAGUUACCAAUAUUGAAGGCUUGCUACAUAAAAAUAACUGGAAUAUAGAGGAAAAUAACAUUAAAAAUGCAUCCCUGAUUCAAAUUGAUGCAAGUAAUGAACCAUCAUCAACUUUGUCUUCCAUGUUUAUUGAUGCCCAACUCUCAAAUGCUGUUAAUACUCAGCAGUACAAAGUCCUCAUUGGUAACCGGGAAUGGAUGGUUAGAAAUGGUCUCAUCAUUAAUAAUGACAUAGAUGAUUUCAUGACUGAACAUGAAAGAAAAGGACGGACUGCUGUAUUGGUGGCAGUUGAUGAUGAGCUGUGUGGCCUGGUAGCCAUUGCUGAUACAGUGAAGCCUGAAGCAGAAUUGGCUGUUCAUAUUCUGAAAUCUAUGGGCUUAGAAGUAGUUCUAAUGACUGGAGACAACAGUAAAACAGCUAGAUCUAUUGCUUCUCAGGUUGGUAUUACUAAGGUGUUUGCUGAAGUUCUGCCUUCCCACAAAGUUGCUAAGGUAAAGCAACUUCAAGAGGAGGGGAGGCAGGUAGCCAUGGUAGGAGAUGGCAUCAAUGAUUCCCCAGCUCUGGCAAUGGCAAAUGUAGGAAUUGCCAUCGGCACAGGCACAGAUGUAGCCAUUGAAGCAGCUGAUGUGGUUUUGAUAAGGAAUGAUCUUCUGGAUGUAGUAGCAAGUAUUGACUUAUCAAGAAAGACAGUCAAGAGGAUUUGGAUAAAUUUUGUCUUUGCUCUAAUUUAUAAUCUUGUUGGAAUUCCUAUAGCUGCUGGAGUUUUUAUGCCCAUUGGUUUGGUUUUGCAACCCUGGAUGGGAUCAGCAGCAAUGGCUGCUUCAUCUGUUUCUGUGGUACUUUCUUCUCUCUUCCUCAAACUUUAUAGGAAACCAAGUUAUGAGAAUACCGAACUGCAUGCCCAGAGCCAGAUAGGAGAGAAGAGUCCUUCAGAAAUCAGUGUUCAUGUUGGAAUAGAUGACACCUCAAGAAAUUCUCCUAAACUGGGUUUGCUGGAUCGGAUCGUGAAUUACAGCAGAGCCUCCAUAAACUCACUACUUUCUGAUAAGCGUUCCCUAAAUAGUGUUGUUACUAGUGAACCUGACAAGCACUCACUCCUAGUGGGAGAUUUCAGGGAAGAUGAUGACACCACAUUGUAAAAGGCCGCAGACAAUGCUGCUAGUUGAAAUUGUUAUGCACUGAUAUGCAUUCAUGCCUUUACCUUAGCUUUUCAAAUAUCGUGGAAGGAUUUUGUGUUGAUUUCAUUCUCUUAAUUGAGUUUCCUUUGUCUAAUGUCAAAAAUAUCUUUUUCAGGUCAUGAGCUCAGAACCUAGUUUUAUUGAAAAUGAAUUUUUAACAUUUUUUGUUUUUAUUUGUGGUAGGUAAGAUAGGUAGCCAGGUUUACAUUAAACCCUACAAUUAGAGAUUGCUGAUUUGCUGCUAAGGUGAUAUAUUUUUUUAUUUGACAAAAAAAAAAAAAAACAAGAAGAGGAUAAUUAAAAUUUUGAAUUUUUGAGAGCAUGACUUUGAGGACAUUUUUCAGUCUGUAACCCUGCCCCCUGGGAAGCAAUGCCUUUCAAAGCACUAUAUAAAGUACCUGGUUUAGAAACUGUUUGAAAACAGAUGUGCCUUAUUUAUUGUAGUGUUUCUUUCCCCGCUUCUCCUUGCAUCCUUAUUCAUAUAGUUACUUUCUUAGUUGUUCCAAGAUAUCUUUUGUUAUCUUCUUUAAGUAAACCAAGUUGAUUUUUCAUUGAUAAAAAUAAGAACUUUUCCAAUGCCUUCCAUAGCCUUCUCCACCUCUCGUCUUUCCAUUGUUGUAAAAAUAUACUUAAUUUCUCCUUCAGCCUAUCUGGCUGUAUGCUAACUUUGAAUAUACCCUUGCUGUAAGCUGUUCUUAGUGUGAUCUAUCAGUCUCUGUCCAGAAACUUAACAUUUUGAACCUCUUCCACUCAUGAUUUUGAGAUUUACACUAUUGUAUUAAACAUAUUCAAGUCAUAUAAAAUUACCUGGAUUCAAUAAAUUCAUCUUUUGGGGUACAGUACAGUCAUGUGGCUAGUUUAUGUAAUUUAAUAGAUUUAAAUUAUCUUUUAGAGUUUCAGAUAACCUGUCAAAAUGACUUUAAUACAAAGCCAGAUAUGGUGGUACACACCUGUAAUCUCAGCACUUAGAAAGAUGAGGCAGAAGGACCGCCAUGAAUUUGAGGCCUCCAUAGUGAAUUCAAGGCUUGCCUCAACUAUCUAGUGAGAUCCCGUCUCAAAAAACCAAAUAUAAAGAAAGAAAGAACAAAGCUGCUUUUACCAAAAAUUACAGUGAACUAUAAUACAAAAAUUAGAAUUGUCCUAGGCUAUGAUACCUUUUACCCAAAUAUACACUUUUGUUUAAAACAUUUACACUUGUUUGUUUAGUAUGGUUGGCAAAUUUAGGAAAUUCUUCCCAUCGUCACAUGGAUUUAGAAAUUCCUUGGUGAGUGCCUGAGAAAUAAACUGGUCAGAGACCUGGCUCUUAUAUGACUAUUUAAGUUUACUUAUUAAUUGCAAGGUGUAUUUCACGUAGCGAAUGUGAAAAUGAAGAUUCCUAACAUUUUAUUCCAAUUGCCAUACCUUUAACUGGUAGCACAAACAUCUAACACAUGGGAAAUGUGCUCAGUAAAUGUUAGGUCUUUUCUUCUUUUUGAGUUCUGUACUAAAUAUAAAAAAUCAUUUUUUAGAAAGCAGAGUCUAAAAUCAGGUAAGGAUAGGGAAAAAGUUCUUUAUCUUCUACCCCUUUUCUCUUUUAUCCUUAUAUGCAUGGAUGUUCACACACAUAUACUGAGUUUAAAUCUUUUUUGUCUUUUUGAGACAGGGUUUCACUGUGCAGUUCUUGCUGGCUUUGAAUCUACAGUGAUCCUCCUGCCUCAGUCUCCCAAGUGCUGGAAUUACUGGUGUGUACUACCACACUUGGCAAGAAUUUAAAAUAUUCUAUGCUGUACUCAGAUUUAGAAAAGAACCAUUUACUUUCUCUGCUUUCUUAAAGAGAGAACUGAAACUUCUUUGAGGUUACUUUUUUUGUUUAACUUUUGAUGAAGGUGCUAUUAAUUUUUAAAGGCAAAUAAAUCCAUUUAAAUGAUAUAUGAAUGAGAUUGUGUGUUUAGGCUUUUUAAAGACUGUGCUAUAUUCCAUCCUCCAUGCUUACAGUUGGAAUUUUAAUAAUCAUUUAUUUCAAUUCCAGUGGCCCAUCAUAACAUGACCCAUUUAUUCUAGAAGAAACAACUAAUAUGACAAAAAGUAUAAUAGAUUUUUCUAACUCUGGAGCCAAAUUGAAAACAAGAAACACCCUUUCAUUUUCAUUGUUUAUCUUGUACUCUCUUUUUCUCUUGUCCCCCCACCAACCUCUCUCUCUCUCUCUCUCUCUCUCUCUCUCUCUCUCUCUCUCUCUCUCUCUCUCAGUUGAACACCACCAGUUACUACUCUUAUUAUCCUCUUAUUAUAUGUGUGUGUUUGAGUCACCCCCUUGGUCCUACAUGCAUGCUGUGGCACAGUGGGAACAGUAGCUUAUGAUCUGGGAGUACUCAAAGAUACAAUUUCAUUUCUUACUAUGAGAACAGAAAACAUGCUGUUUAGAAAGAGUCCUGCUUUAAAUAACUAUAUACACAUUUGAAUUCUCUACCACAAGACUUACAAUUUUGAAUUCUCAUAAGCUUCAGAGAGAAGCUGCAUUCAUUGGAGAGAGAGAGAUGAUUUACAGAGAGGAUCAAAAAUAUUGCUUUUAGUUAGUAACUAGUUCUAAGUAGUUAUUAGAGAAUAAAUUUUGUAAUUGUGUAUGUCUGUGUUUGUUCACAGAGCCUACCAAAACUGUAUACAUACUUCAACAAAAAAAAAACUGUAAAUAUUUGAACACUAAAUUUAUUGAGACAUCAUGAGAGUAAUGCAAGUUACCUUUAGUCUCUAAAAUUAAAAGAGAUGCACAAAAUGAUGGCAGUUAGCUUCCAGACCUUUAUUAGUAUGGCCAACUGUGCUGGGUAACCUCAGUCUUUGAGAUUGCUGUACAUGGAUUUUCAAUUUCUUCUCUAAAGGCCGACAGUAUAGUGAGUUUUCUGUGAUACAUGAACUUCUCUAGGGUGCCCCAUAUGAGGUAAUGCCAUCUGUUUUAAAAAUCAUUGUACUAUUUUUCAUUUUCUGAAGUAUGUAUAUACAUUUUCUGGUAGACUUUGUAUAUACUCACAAAUAUGUACACACGUAUAUGUACAUCCAUAUUAUAUUGAAGGAAAGUAGAUUUAUAUUUGAAUAAGUUCUUUAUGUAUAUUUUCUUUAUCACUUUUCUAUAUCCACUCAAAAACUGUAAGCAGUCUGAAAAGAACAAGAACUUUUUGAUAUCCAGUGCUGGUGCAGACUCAGUUAUGGGGGCACCAUUCUUUACAUAUCCAAAGAUUCCUUUUGAAUUUCAAAGAUUUAGAGUAGCAAUCUAAAGGAUGAUUGUCAUUUGUGAAAGGAGAAAUGUUAGUUUUCUUAGUUUAGUAUGAACAUUUUAGAAUGUUAAAUUUGAUGCCUUGUGAUCAAGUAAUGUCACAUUUUUUAAUUUUAAAAAAAUAUUCUUUAUUCAGAUAUACAUAGUAUUUAAAAUAGCACUGUAGACAGGAGGUCUCCAGAAAUUUAAGCAUGCAUAUAUUUUCCAUAUACAGCUUAAAAUAACAAAUGUAUGUUUGUGAAUUUUUUUCCAUUACAUGUGGAUCCUGCUUUAAAAUGAUUUUUCAAUAUAUUUAUUUUACUCUGUUUUGUUAUUUUCUUUAAAUGAGGCAUUUUGUUACUGGUUACCUGAAAAAUAAUAAAGAUAUUCCCUGUGUUAUUCCCUUUGAGUUUUUUAUUUUACUGUCUAUAUAUUAAAAAUAUUACUUUACCAAAUAUAGGACAUAAGAUUCAUGCCAAAUUAUUACUUAUUUUUACCCUAACUUUCUGAAAUCCCUCAAUCUAGUAGGACUAACCAGAUAAAGCACAAAACAUUAAUUUAAUCAAAACAGUUUCUUUAAUGGCACUGAUAAUAAAUGCAUUUGUAGCCAAAACCAAAUGCCUCAACCUUGUUCUUAGAUAAACGAAUGUUUAGCCAACCAUUGUUAAACAUGAUUGUUUGGUACCCAAAACAGCAGUAAACAGUGUUGUGCAAUAUUUAUCUACUGUAGUCAAGAUAAUUAGUAGUUUGUUUUUCCAUAAGCAUGUAAUUGAUCAUAUUUCUGCCAAGGAUGUGCCUUCAUCUUUAUAAUUAUACUGUUGUAAAAGA